AUGCCAUUGCCACUGUCAUCCGCCGUCGCCGCUCGCAUCCCGCUCUCCGUGAGCAAGGCGUACGACACGCUAACACAGUCACUGCAACAGGUGCACCAAGCAAUCGUGGGAAAGGAGAACACCGCACCACCACAACCUCUGCCCGCUGCCCUUCGCUCACUCACCCGCGCCAAGAAAGCUUUCGAACGGGCCGGCUACGAAGGUGAAGCAGAAGCACUGGACGAGUUCUCGAGUAUCCAUUUCGACCUAGGGCUCACCGAGCGGGCGAGGAGGGAGAUUGUGGCACUUCCGGUUUACGAGAGCAGGAGGGUGGACUUUGAGUAUGGGUUACGAUAUGUGGAGAAGGCUUGGCGGGAGGUUGGGGAGGAGGUGAUGAUGGUUGAGGAGUUGGAGGAGAUUGUUACGGAUCUCCGGGAGAGGGAGGAAGGUGGGAGGGCGAUUAGGAGGAUGAUGGCAUCGACUUCGCUCGGGGAGGAGGAGAUGAGGGAGGUGAGGCAGAUGGCGGAGGGGGUUGAGAGGCUGUUGAGGGAAGAUGGAGGGGGUGGAGAGGAGAAGGGAGAGACGAGGGAGGAGAUGGAGGCGAGGGUUGCGGAAGAAUGCGAGGAGGAGUCACGAAAGAGGGUGGAGGCUAUUGAGCGGAGUGCGAUGAGAGUGCAUGGUAGAGUGUCGAGGAAGGGUUGCGUGGAGCUGUGA